UGCUGCCCCCGUCUCUCUGUCUCUUAGCGCAUCAGCAGCUUGUUAAUUGGAAAUAUGGCCGAGGCUGAAGCUUUGUCCGCACCCUCCCCCUUCAAAUCUGACAAAGGAAGGAAGAGAUGGUUUCCGCUUGAGUCCAACCCUGAUGUGAUGAACAAGUACAUCGCCAAGAUGGGGUGGCCAGCGGGAGCGUACAGUUUUACAGAUGUGUAUAGCACGGAGGACUGGGCGCUUGCGAUGGUGCCGCAGCCGGUCCUGGGCGUGGUGAUGCUGUUUCCGAUCAAAGAGUCUACCGAGAAGCACCGUGAGGAGGAGGCGGCGCGGGUCCGGGAAUCAACAGAGUCGCUCAACCCCAAGCUGUACUUCAUGAAGCAAACGGUUGGCAAUGCCUGCGGGACUGUCGGGUUACUGCACUGCGCGCUGAACGCCUCCAUUUCCAAGGGAAUCACGCUUGACAAGGAGUGUUUCUUGCACCGGUUUUGGGAGAAGACUAGACAGCUUACGCCGGCGCAAAUCGCACAGGCUCUGCAUGACGAGGAUGAACUGGAGGAGGUUCAUGAAGAAGCCGCUCAAGAAGGACAGAGUGAUCAGAUCGCCCGCGAGGAGAAAAUCAACACACAUUUCGUGUGCCUCACUGAAAUGGACGGUACCCUUUACGAGCUUGACGGGCGCAAGGAAGGCCCAGUCCCGCACGGAUCCACGUCUCCAGCCACGCUGUUGCAAGACGCGUGCGCGGUGGUGAAGCAGUUUAUGGAUAGGGACCCGGGCGAGCUAAGGUUCACCAUCGUGGCUCUGGCGCCGACUGCGACCGACGACGCAUGAGCU